UCUGAAGACUCUUUAUUCUGCGAGUCUUUUCCGAAACCACCGAGUGUGCUAUCUUGCAGUGUAGACGAAUCUACACACAAUUCUAAAUCGUUCAGACGUUCUAGUGUGAAAAAAAAUUUGGAAGACGAGCUUCAUUUUUCUAGUGGCUCAAAAGAAAAAACUAGAUAUAGAAAAUACAAAUUGCAUGCUUUCGAGAAGAGAAAAAAUGAUUCUAUUUGUAAUAAUGUUCCAAAUCAGCCGAGUGAGAUUAGAAAUAAUAUUCCAUCUAUUCAAAACUUAAGCAGAGUAGAAACAAACUGUGAAGUGAAACAAACUUGCAAAGAAAAACCGCCUAGUGAUUCCUGUGAGAGCAUAAUAUUGAAAACCCGUCACAUAAAUCUAAAUGGAAUGCUUAUCAAAAGAUUAAUGCCAUUUUACAUUGGAAAGGGGAGUCAGAGUGCAGGAAACACACCCGUUGCUCUGCGAAAACAAUUACUUUCAGCUGACCGAGAGAACCACACUGAAAAAAACUGCCAAGAUAGAUCAAAUUUAUGUGGUUUAAAAAACUACAUUUCCAAUGUAAAUACAACUAGUCUCAGUAAAGGAAGUGAAAAUAAAUGCUCGGAUUUCAUGAAAGCCAAACGUGCGCUUUCAUUAAAUCACUCACCGCCGAAAGAUAAACUAUUAAAAUCAGGUAAACAGCCUAAAUUAAUUGAAAAUGUAUCGUCAGAAGCAGCAAUUAUGGAGGCUGACAUAGAGGCAACACGCAAAUACAAGGAACUUAUUUCAGAAGCUGAACACAUUUUGGUGAGUAUAAAAGAAAACAUGCUUACUGACAAUAACCAAUUCUUGGAUUUGGAGCCUCAAUUACAACCCGAUGAGUUUAGUCAGGAAAACAGGAGAACAGAUACACAAUUCAAAACCUAUAAUGCUACCCAAAGUGCUCGUGGUAGUAUGAAAUCUAAAGCUUGUGUUACAAGUCUGUCUAGAAAAUUAACUAUGAAAAAAUUAAGAAGCUGUGACAACAUUUCAGAAAAUCAAAAUGUGAAAUUAUUUUCGAAGCGCUGUUCGAGAAAAAGACGAGACGUGCGAUCAAGCACAAGGAGACAGUGUCAGCAAUUGUCAAACGAAUUCAGUAACAAUGAAACACAGCAAACCUUUAGCGGAACUGGCAGUCAAAUUUCCCUGGACAACAACAAACACAAUGAACUAAAAAAUUCCAGGAGCUUACUACCAAACAGCUCUACAAUAUGCGCGAAUUCACCACGACAGUGUAGCAAGUUACUGCAGUUUCAGUCUAUAGACUUAGGCAAUUGUUUGAGCGAUUCAGGUUACUGUCCACAAAGCGAGCCAGUCAAAAGAAAAGUUUAUUCCGGCAGCUCAAUGCUUAAAAAACUACAGAUGUCACUCAGGAAGGACAACACUACUACUCAAGGCCCAAAUCAUCUAGACAAAGAAAAGGACGCCAGUCAAACUGAUGCCGUACCUUGGGGCGAGACGCUAAGCAGCAAGCUGGAGCUGAUACAGCAUGAGCGGCUGGUGGUGGAGGCCGCGGUGCUGGAAGCACAGGAGGAGGAGCGACAGCGUGCCAGCGACAGUGCGCAGUACCACGAGCAGGUUGCGCACCUCAGAAGGCAGGUGUUCCUUCACACCAUAGAGGGCCUGAAGAGGAGCCUGGAAGACCAGUCCGCCAAGCUGGAGCAAGCCUACACCGCCGAUUCGAGUGAGGGGCAACCGUGCACUGCCUGUGACGUGGACUAAUGAUGGAUAAACCGACCCUUGUAUUUGUGUACACGCCCGACUUAGCUUUUUGAUCUGCCAACAGAAGUGUCGUAUAUUGCUAAUGUACCUGUAUGUAAUGUCAUGCGUAUGUAAUAAAAUGUCAAAAAACCUUCUGCAUUAAAACUCAGAAAUAGUAACAUGUAUAUCAUUAAGAACGCAACAGCUUUGUCUGCCAAACUGCAUCUUAUAGGCACUUUUGUUGGUAAAGAAAUUAUUCAGUGUUGGGGCCACAAAAAUUAUUUUCUGAGAAUUUCGGCGUACACUGUCUACAUCCAUCGUUAGUCUAUGGGCUGUGAUGUCAGAACUGCUUCGCAUGAACAGCGGCCAAUAAUUCGUGCAAGAGGAUUCUCUAAUUUUCAAAUCUUCUUUGGAAGUUUUUUACUGAUGGUUUUUUUCGUCAGUUUAAUAUGUAUUUACUGCUUGUACUUAACUUGGGUUAAAAUCUUAUAGAUUUUUAUGAAUGUGCCUAACGUGACAUAUCUUUUUCGAAUUUUUUUUAUUUUUAUAGUUUAAUCAUUUAUAUCAACAUUAUUUUGGCAAAACUAUUGUAUAACUUGUUUGAUUGUCAUGGUCAGUAAAUUGUUACAAAAAAUAAACAACAAUUAUGUUUUGUAGAAUAUAUUUUAGAUAUUAAAAUGAGUGAGAUACACAAUGGUCAUAAUAUAAAAAAAUUAUGAAUCAUGUCUAGUCUCACAAAUGAUGUAUGCAAAUAAAUGAGAUUUCAUUGA